AUGGACAACCUCCCGAUCAUCGAGCUGCCGGAGCACUACCGCAUCGACGGCGAAAAACUUGGGAUGGCGCUCGCUCACAUGUCGGCGCAGGCAAACGGCAUCGCAGAGCAUCAAGCCAAGCUCCAGCAGCGACAGUCGCUCCAUGAAAAAGAGCAGCAGCGAUUUAUCGAGCAGCGCGUUGCAGCCGCGCGUGAGGAGGCAGAAGCCCGGUGUCAGGCCCUUGUUCUUGCCAUCCAGCAGGCCUACGGUGACCCAUCGAUACUAGAGCUUCGCUUCGACGCGCGCAUCCAAACUGUCCUCCAGUAG